AUGGCAAGGCGUUCAAGGAAGGUAAGGCGUCAGCAGGCCUUCAUCAACAAAGAAAAGAAGGCUGCUCAGCAGAAGGAGACUUCUGAGGAGCAGACUGAAGCUGUGGAGGUCCUGCAUGAGGAGACCCCUGAGCUGGAGGUAGAAGCUGAGGGGACGAUUGAGGAGUCUGAGGAAGAGGCUCCUCUCGCUGAGGAAGAAGAGGAAGAGGAGGAAGAGGAAACGGUUGAUCAUCAUCAAGAGGAUCUUCUGGGUGAUGAUGAUGAUGAUGUUGAGGAUCUCGAUGAAGGCCUGCUGAUCCCUGCUGGCAAGAAGAGGCCUCGCGAUGACAAUGACGAGGAAGAAGAAGAGGCGGAGGAAGUCUCCGGCUUUGGCAGUGAUGAUGAUGAGGAGGAAGGCGGGUACGUUGAUGAUGAGGAGCUGCCAGAUGAGGCCGACGAGGAGGAUCUCAAGCAAGCGGCUGCGAUGGAGGAGUUCGAGGAGGCUGAAGGAGCGGGGGAGGCAGCAAUCUCUUCAAGUGCCGUGGUGGACAUUCCUACUCUCAAGAAACGCCUAGAGGAGGUCAUCCGUAUGUUGGCCGCUGGCAAGGAGGCUAUUCGUAAGCAGGGAUGCACCAGCAAGGAGUUGCGGGAGGAAUUGAUUAAACUAUAUCGCAUAUACAAUGUUAACAUUGCUAUGAACAUGUGA